AUGCAGAUCUUUGUGAAGACCUUGACUGGCAAGACUAUCACUCUGGAAGUUGAAGCCAGUGACACCAUUGAGAAUGUCAAAGCUAAGAUCCAGGAUAAGGAAGGCAUCCCUCCAGACCAGCAGAGGCUCAUCUUUGCCGGCAAGCAGCUGGAAGACGGCCGCACUCUCUCCGACUACAACAUCCAGAAAGAGUCCACCCUCCAUCUGGUCUUGCGGCUGAGAGGAGGUAUGCAGGUCUUUGUGAAGACCCUGACUGGUAAUACCAUCACUCUGGAGGUUGAACCCAGCGACACCAUCGAGAAUGUCAAAGCUAAGAUCCAGGAUAAGGACGGCAUUCCUCCUGAUCAGCAGAGGCUGAUCUUUGCAGGCAAGCAGCUGGAAGAUGGUCACACCAUGUCAGAUUAUAACAUCCAGAAAGAGUCCACCCUCCAUCUUGUACUGCGCCUGAGAGGAGGGAUUCAGAUCUUCGUGAAGACCCUCACAGGCAAGACUAUCACUCUGGAGGUUGAAGCCAGUGACACCAUUGAGAAUGUCAAAGCUAAGAUCCAGGAUAAGGAAGGCAUCCCUCCAGACCAGCAGAGGCUCAUCUUUGCCGGCAAGCAGCUGGAAGAUGGUCGCACUCUCUCCGACUACAACAUCCAGAAAGAGUCCACCCUCCAUCUGGUCUUGCGGCUGAGAGGAGGAAUGCAGGUCUUUGUGAAGACCCUGACUGGUAAGACCAUCACUCUGGAGGUUGAACCCAGCGACACCAUUGAGAAUGUCAAAGCUAAGAUCCAGGAUAAGGAAGGCAUUCCUCCUGAUCAGCAGAGGCUGAUCUUUGCCGGCAAGCAGCUGGAAGAUGGUCGCACCAUGUCAGAUUAUAACAUCCAGAAAGAGUCCACCCUCCAUCUUGUGCUCCGCCUGAGAGGAGGGAUUCAGAUCUUUGUGAAGACCCUCACAGGCAAGACUAUUACUCUGGAGGUUGAAGCCAGUGACACCAUUGAGAAUGUCAAAGCUAAGAUCCAAGAUAAGGAAGGCAUCCCUCCAGACCAGCAGAGGCUCAUCUUUGCCGGCAAGCAGCUGGAAGACGGCCGCACUCUCUCCGACUACAACAUCCAGAAAGAGUCCACCCUCCAUCUGGUCUUGCGGCUGAGAGGAGGUAUGCAGGUCUUUGUGAAGACCCUGACUGGUAAGACCAGCACUCUGGAGGUUGAACCCAGCGACACCAUUGAGAAUGUCAAAGCUAAGAUCCAGGAUAAGGACGGCAUUCCUCCUGAUCAGCAGAGGCUGAUCUUUGCAGGCAAGCAGCUGGAAGAUGGUCGCACCAUGUCAGAUUACAACAUCCAGAAAGAGUCCACCCUCCAUCUUGUACUGCGCCUGAGAGGAGGGAUUCAGAUCUUUGUGAAGACCCUCACAGGCAAGACUAUCACUCUGGAGGUUGAAGCCAGUGACACCAUUGAGAAUGUCAAAGCUAAGAUCCAGGAUAAGGAAGGCAUCCCUCCAGACCAGCAGAGGCUAAUCUUUGCCGGCAAGCAGCUGGAAGAUGGCCGCACUCUCUCCGACUACAACAUCCAGAAAGAGUCCACCCUCCAUCUGGUCUUGCGGCUGAGAGGAGGAAUGCAGGUCUUUGUGAAGACCCUGACUGGUAAGACCAGCACUCUGGAGGUUGAACCCAGCGACACCAUCGAGAAUGUCAAAGCUAAGAUCCAGGAUAAGGAAGGCAUUCCUCCUGAUCAGCAGAGGCUGAUCUUUGCCGGCAAGCAGCUGGAAGAUGGUCGCACCAUGUCAGAUUACAACAUCCAGAAAGAGUCCACCCUCCAUCUUGUACUGCGCCUGAGAGGAGGGAUUCAGAUCUUUGUGAAGACCCUCACAGGCAAGACUAUCACUCUGGAGGUUGAAGCCAGUGACACCAUUGAGAAUGUCAAAGCUAAGAUCCAGGAUAAGGAAGGCAUCCCUCCAGACCAGCAGAGGCUAAUCUUUGCCGGCAAGCAGCUGGAAGAUGGCCGCACUCUCUCCGACUACAACAUCCAGAAAGAGUCCACCCUCCAUCUGGUCUUGCGGCUGAGAGGAGGAAUGCAGGUCUUUGUGAAGACCCUGACUGGUAAGACCAUCACUGUGGAGGUUGAACCCAGCGACACUAUCGAGAAUGUCAAAGCUAAGAUCCAGGAUAAGGACGGCAUUCCUCCUGAUCAGCAGAGGCUGAUCUUUGCAGGCAAGCAGCUGGAAGAUGGUCGCACCAUGUCAGAUUACAACAUCCAGAAAGAGUCCACCCUCCAUCUUGUACUGCGCCUGAGAGGAGGGAUUCAGAUCUUUGUGAAGACCCUCACAGGCAAGACUAUCACUCUGGAGGUUGAAGCCAGUGACACCAUUGAGAAUGUCAAAGCUAAGAUCCAGGAUAAGGAAGGCAUCCCUCCAGACCAGCAGAGGCUAAUCUUUGCCGGCAAGCAGCUGGAAGAUGGCCGCACUCUCUCCGACUACAACAUCCAGAAAGAGUCCACCCUCCAUCUGGUCUUGCGGCUGAGAGGAGGAAUGCAGGUCUUUGUGAAGACCCUGACUGGUAAGACCAGCACUCUGGAGGUUGAACCCAGCGACACCAUCGAGAAUGUCAAAGCUAAGAUCCAGGAUAAGGAAGGCAUUCCUCCUGAUCAGCAGAGGCUGAUCUUUGCCGGCAAGCAGCUGGAAGAUGGUCGCACCAUGUCAGAUUACAACAUCCAGAAAGAGUCCACCCUCCAUCUUGUACUGCGCCUGAGAGGAGGGAUUCAGAUCUUUGUGAAGACCCUCACAGGCAAGACUAUCACUCUGGAGGUUGAAGCCAGUGACACCAUUGAGAAUGUCAAAGCUAAGAUCCAGGAUAAGGAAGGCAUCCCUCCAGACCAGCAGAGGCUAAUCUUUGCCGGCAAGCAGCUGGAAGAUGGCCGCACUCUCUCCGACUACAACAUCCAGAAAGAGUCCACCCUCCAUCUGGUCUUGCGGCUGAGAGGAGGAAUGCAGGUCUUUGUGAAGACCCUGACUGGUAAGACCAUCACUCUGGAGGUUGAACCCAGCGACACCAUCGAGAAUGUCAAAGCUAAGAUCCAGGAUAAGGAAGGCAUUCCUCCUGAUCAGCAGAGGCUGAUCUUUGCCGGCAAGCAGCUGGAAGAUGGUCGCACCAUGUCAGAUUAUAACAUCCAGAAAGAGUCCACCCUCCAUCUUGUGCUCCGCCUGAGAGGAGGGAUUCAGAUCUUUGUGAAGACCCUCACAGGCAAGACUAUCACUCUGGAAGUUGAAGCCAGUGACACCAUUGAGAAUGUCAAAGCUAAGAUCCAGGAUAAGGAAGGCAUCCCUCCAGACCAGCAGAGGCUCAUCUUUGCCGGCAAGCAGCUGGAAGACGGCCGCACUCUCUCCGACUACAACAUCCAGAAAGAGUCCACCCUCCAUCUAGUCUUGCGGCUGAGAGGAGGAAUGCAGAUUUUUGUGAAGACCCUGAAUCGUAAGACCAUCACUCUGGAGGUUGAACCCAGCGACACCAUCGAGAAUGUCAAAGCUAAGUUCCAGGAUAAGGAAGGCAUCCAUCCACACCAGCAGAGGCUGAUCUUUGCCGGCAAGCAGCUGGAAGAUGGUCGCACCAUGUCAGAUUAUAACAUCCAGAAAGAAUCUACCCUCCGUCUUGUGCUCAGCCCGAGAAGAGAGAUUCAGAUCUUUGUGAAGACCCUCACAGGCAAGACUCUCACUCUGGAGGUUUUACCCUGUGACAUCAUUGAGAAUGUCAAAGCUAAGAUCCAGGAUAAGGAAGGCAUCCAUCCAUACCAGCAGAGGCUGAUCUUCGCGGGCAAACAGCUGGAAGACGGCCGCACUCUCUCCGACUCCCACAUCCAAGAAAGAGUCCACCCUCCAUCUUGUGCUGCGCCUGAGAGGAGGGAUUCAGGUCUUUGUGAAGACCCUCACAGGCAAGACUAUCACUCUGGAAGUUGA